AUGAAUAGAAGAAAAUCUCGCAACAAGAUCGACUCUCUGUUAGCUCAAGAUGGAACUUGGGGUACUGAUAGGGAUUCCCUCUCAUCCCUCCUCAACAACCACUUUCAGAAGAUUAUGACUACCUCAACUCCAGCAGAUAGCCAUCACUUUCUUCAGCAUAUUCCUCAGUGCAUAACAGAUGAGCACAAUCAAGAACUUGAGGCGAUACCAACUGACCAGGAAAUACAUCAAGCUUUAAUGACAAUGGAGCCUUGGACAUCACCAGGAUCAGACAGAUUUCCUCCUGACUUCUAUCAAACUCAAUGGAAGCUGGUGAAAGAUGAUGUCUGCAAAAUGAUCAAGUUCUUCUUUCACUCCGGGUUUUUUUCAAGCAGAAGAGUAAUAUCCGAGAACACUUGUCUAGUGAAGGAGAUUGUUCAAGCUACGAAAAGAAAGGAAGGUAUGACCAGUCAUCUUGCACUCAAAAUGGACAUGUACAAGGCGUUUGAUCGAUUGGAAUGGAGUUUCUUGUUGGACAUUCUCAAGCAAUUUGGUUUUUCGGAGAAAUUUCGACAGUUAAUCUCCCAAUGCAUCUCAAUUACUCAAAUUGAAAUACUGCUCAAUGGCUGUGAAACAUCAUCUUUCAAGUCUUCUCGUGCUAUAAGGCAAGGUGAUCCCUUGUCACUGUACUUAUUUAUAUUGGCUAUGGAAUCUUUUUCGAGAUAUAUGGCAUAG